AUGGGUAUCUUAUCUUCUCCUGGAGUCACGGUGAAAGGAAUAGUUGCUGAUUUCUUCUGUCUCCCCAUGAUUGACGUUACAAAAGAUGUAACUCUUCCUUUUUAUGUGUUCUUGACUACAAACUCCGGUUUCCUAGCUAUGUUGCGGUAUCUAGCAUACCGUCAUAGUAAAGAUACAUCGGUUUUCAUAAGAGAUUCAGGAGAAAUGUUGUCAGUUCCUGGGUUCGUAAACCCUGUUCCAGCCAAUGUUCUACCGUCAGCUCUGUUUGUUGAAGAUGGUUAUGAUGCUUAUCUCAAACUGGCAAUCUUGUUUACCGAGGCCAAGGGAAUCCUAGUGAAUAGCUGCUUUGAUCUUGAGCCUAACUCUGUGAACCAUUUUCUUAGUGAUCAGAAUUACCCUUCUGUUUAUGCUGUAGGCCCCGUAUUUGACCCCAAGGCCCAGCCUCAUCCAGAUCAGGACAUGGCCCGUUGUGAUGAGUUGAUGAAAUGGCUUGAUGAUCUGCCCGAGGCAUCAGUUGUGUUUCUUUGUUUUGGGAGUAUGGGCAGGUUAAGAGGUGAUCAAGUGAAGGAGAUAGCACAUGGACUUGAGCUUUGUCAGUACAGGUUCCUCUGGUCACUCCGCACUACAGAGGUGUCAAAUGAAGAUCCUUUGCCAGAGGGGUUCCUUCACCGUGUCAGGGGACGAGGAAUGAUAUGUGGUUGGUCUCCUCAGGUGGAAAUACUAGCCCAUAAGGCAGUGGGAAGCUAUGUUUCUCACAGCGGAUGGAACUCAAUAGUAGAGAGUUUAUGGUUUGGUGUGCCAAUUGUGACAUGGCCCAUGUACGCAGAGCAACAACUCAAUGCGUUUAUGAUGGUGAAGGAGCUGAAACUCGCAGGGGAGAUGAAGCUUGAUUACAGGGUACUUGUUGAUGAGAUUGUAAGUGCAAACGAGAUAGAGAGAGCGAUUCGCUGUGUGAUGAAUAAGGAUGAUAAUUUGGUGAGGAAAAGAGUGAUAGAUGUCUCUCAGAUGGUGCGGAAAGCUACCUUGAAUGGUGGAUCUUCGUAUACGGCUACUGCCAAAUUUAUACAGGACGUAACAGGAAUCAAGCCUUAG